UGCCCAUAUUAAGUCCCCUCUCAUUAUUUGCAUUCGCUUCUUUUGUUUCUUUUAAGAGUCAUCACUACCAUUUCCAUUAUGGCUAACCAAGCCCCUGGCCGGCCGUGGUUUCGCUUAGCCUCUUUACGCUCAGUGGUUCCUCCUCCUCCUCCUGCGCCUGCACAAGACCCUCGUCCUUCUUUGGUUCAGCCCACUAAUAGGACCAACUCUUCGCCGCCGCCAUCUGCUGCUCCGGCGGAGAGAGGAUCUGUACCUUCGUCUCCAGCUCAGAAACUUCCUGUUCAGUCCUCCUCUUCAUUGCCAAAUUCCCCUCUUCAGAAUGGAUCAGUCUCAACUGUAUCUUCAGUUUCAUCUCCUUCUCCAGCCCAGAAAACAUCCCCACCACUUUCUGCUUCUUCCCCAGCCAAGGGUGGAACCAUUCCCUCCACGAAGCAGGUGGUUCAGAAUGUAAUGCAAUCACCGAAGGCCAAACCCACCACGCCGCCGCCUUCUGCUUCUCCAAACCAGAAAGCAACCACGCCUCAUUCCGCUUCUUCCCCAGCCAAGAGUGAGACCACGGCUCGAGGGUCCAGUCCCUCAACGAAGCAGGUGGUUCAGACUCUAAUGCAGUCACCAAAGGCCAAACCCACCGCACCACGGCCUUCUCCUCUGACUCUUCCGCCUGCGCAGUUGAAAGCUAACUCUGAGGUUAAGCCUAAGAUCCCAGAGGAAGCAGAGUCCAAGAAUGUGAUACUUCAGAACAGCAUUGAAAAGCCUAAGCAGUGGGGAAAUGGCAAUUCAGCGGAAACCCGAAAGAACCAUAAUGAGAAACAGAACGGCAAUCACAGAAAGUCCUGGGGUUCAGAGGAUUCCCCGAUGAAAGUUAUAACUAUUGCUGGUGAAAACAGAGGAGCAUACAUGGAGUUGAUCCAAUCAAAGAAGAAACAUGAAUUCGGAGACACACCCAAUUAUCUUUACAAGAACGGGGUUUCGAAGUCCAAAAGCGAGAGCGGAGAAUCGGCGAGCUCGAGCAGUGAUGAAGGUAAUGGGAAAAGGAAGGAGAAUAGAAACAGCAGAAGAACAAAAUCUUCGCAUCCGACGUCCGCGUUCAUGAAUAGUAACGUACAGUGCGUUAACAAUUCCCUCUUGUACAAUGCCUCCUGCAGCCAUCACGAUGCAGGAGUUCGCCUUUCUCUCACGAGGAAGCCGUUCGAGAGCGGAGGAUUCCAUCUCAAUGAGAACGUCAAUGGCAGGCACGAUUGAUUCGACGAUGGUCUUCUGGUUUGAAUGAAGCAUUUUCCAAUUGGAAAAUGAAGCUGGUUCUUUUGUUAUGUAUGUCUGGGGUGCGCCCGCACUGGCCAUGCUUGAUUUGUGCAUUUCGGCCUUUGGGCUUUAUGGUAUGCAUUGGAAAAUAAAGGUUAGGAGCGGGGGCAAAAUGGGAAAAUCGCUCCUGAUCGUCGCCUUUUGUUUUAUUUUAAUUUUUUGUUAUUUUGGUUGUAACCAGUGAGUAAUUCCGCGGAGACCACUCCUCCCAGUUGAAGAAUAAAGAUGAAUUUGGAAUCCAAACUUCGAUUUUUCAGAGAAA